GAGUUCAAUUCAUUAAUUUUUAUUGUUAUUUUCUUAAAAAAUCACCUAAUAAUUGGGAUAAAAUUGUAAAAAAAAAAACACUUGGCUUCCUCAUCCGUCAGAUUUCGAAAAAUCAAUGGGCACAUCCGUUUCCCGCCCUUUGGUUCGGUCAGUUUCAUCAUCAACACCACCAACCCAGUAUCUCAAACGCUGACUUUCGAAAUUCUGAAAAACCACCGUUUCAAUCUCCGACGCCGUUUCCUCUUACCGAGUACGUCGGCUCCAAACUCAGAACACACUCCCUCCCUCGCUUUUCGCUCCAAAAGUGAAUCUAAUCACCGCAUCUACCGUUACUUCCUCCACAAUUUCAUGCGAUUUUCUUUUCUUUCAAAUUCUAGAGUAUUCUUUCUAUGAGUCCCUGAAUUUAAGGCGCGAUGUACAUCAAGGAAAUAUGUUUGGAAGGGUUCAAGUCCUAUGCAUCGAGGACCCUGGUCCCUGGUUUCGAUCCUUUCUUUAAUUCCAUAACCGGUUUAAACGGCUCUGGGAAAUCCAACAUCCUCGGCUCCAUAUGCUUUGUUUUAGGGAUCACUAAUUUGCAACAAGUUCGUGCUGCCAAUCUCCAAGAGCUCGUUUACAAGCAAGGCCAAGCCGGAAUUACCAAGGCCACUGUCUCCAUUAUCUUUGAUAAUUCCGAUAGAUCCCGGAGUCCACUCGGUUACGAGGAGCACUCUGAAAUCACUGUAACUCGACAAAUUGUGGUUGGUGGAAGGAACAAAUAUUUGAUCAACGGAAAACUUGCGCAGCCGAGUCAAGUGCAGAAUCUCUUCCAUUCGGUUCAACUUAAUGUUAACAAUCCGUAUUUCGUCAUAAUGCAAGGUCGGAUCACCAAGGUUUUGCAUAUGAAGCCUCCUUCCGGGACGAGGAUGUAUGAAACAAAGACAGAGUUUGUGUUAAAAACACUUGAUAAGAAACAAAGUAAGGUUGAUGAGAUUAAUAAGCUUCUUGAUGAGGAAAUACUGCCUGCUUUGGAGAAGUUAAGGAAAGAACGGAUGCAGUAUGUGCAAUGGUCUAAUGGGAAUGUUGAGCUGGAUAGACUUAAAAGAUUUUGCGUUGCUUAUGAUUACGUUGAAGCAAAGAGGAUUAGAGAUAGUGCGGUUGGUGAAGUCCAAAGAUUGAAGGCAAAGAUCACCGAAAUAGAUAAUGAUACAGAAAGGGUAAAGGUGGAAAUUCAAGAUAUGGAGACUAACAUAUCGAAGUUGACUGCUGAACAGGAAGCUAAUUUGGGUGGGGAAGUUAAAGCUUUAUCAGAUGAAGUAGAUUCCUUAUCUAAGAAACUUGUGCAGGAAGUUUCUGUGCUGAAUAGCAAGGAGGAUACUCUCAAGGGUGAGAAAGAAAAUGCUGAAAAGAUUAUUCACUAUAUUGAAGUUUUGAAGCAGUCUAUAGAAGAGAAAGCCGUUGCUGUGCAAAAGUCUAAAGAAGGAGCAGCUGAUCUGAAAAAGAGAGUUGAGGACCUUUCUAAGAGUUUCAAAGAGCAUGAAAAGGAAUACCAGGCUAUCGUAGCUGGCAAGAACAGUGGCAAUGAGGAGAAAUGCCUUGCAGAUCAACUAGGUGAUGCUAAGGUUGCAGUUGGGGCUGCUGAAACAGAAUUGAAACAGCUGAGAACGAAAAUUAGCCAUUGUGGAAAAGAGCUGGAAGAGAAAAGGCAUCAAUUAAUGUCAAAGCGUGAUGAAGCACUUGAGGUGGAGAAUGAGCUUAAUUCUAGGAGAAAAGAUCUGGAAAAAGUUAAAAUUGAAUUGGAAUCUCUUCCACACAAAGAAGGCCAGAUGGAAACUUUGCAGAAGGACUGUGCAAUUAUGUUGGACCUCAUCCAGAAGUUGAAAGACACAGUACAAGAUCUUUCAGCACAGCUAGCAAAUGUUCAGUUCACUUAUUGUGAUCCUGUGAAAAAUUUUGAUAGGUCAAAGGUGAAAGGAGUGGUUGUAAAACUGAUAAAAGUGAAGGAUAGCUCAGCAAUGGCAGCCUUAGAGGUUUCUGCUGGUGGGAAGUUAUUUAAUGUGGUAGUUGACACCGAAAAUACUGGAAAGCAGUUGCUUCAGAAUGGUGAUCUACGAAGAAGAGUAACAAUUAUACCAUUAAACAAAAUCCAACCUAGUACUGUCCAUCCAAGGGUUCAUCAGGCUGCUAUGAAAUUGGUUGGCAAGGAGAAUGCAAAGCUGGCACUUUCUUUGGUUGGUUAUGAUGAGGAAUUGGAGAGUGCUAUGGAGUAUGUAUUUGGAGCUACUUUUGUUUGUAAAACUACUGAUGCUGCAAAGGAGGUUGCUUUUAAUAGGGAAAUUCGCGCUCCUAGUGUCACCCUUGAAGGUGAUAUAUUUCAACCUAGUGGUCUUUUGACUGGUGGAAGCCGCAGGUACAUGACCUUUUUCACAGGGGGGGGGGAUGAUCUGCUUAGACAACUUCAUGAUUUAGCAGAGUGUGAAUCAAAACUUGCAGGUCAUCAGAAGAGGUUAUCUGAAAUUGAAAUGAAGAUUGCAGACCUACAGCCUCUUCAGAAAAGGUUCAUGCACCUUAAAGCUCAGUUAGAACUUAAAACGCAUGACCUUUCCUUAUUCCAGAACAGGGCAAAGAAAAAUGAGCAUCUUAAGGAGCAUGAAAAUGAAAUAGAGAUGCUUGUUAUGGAACGAGAAGCAGUUAAACAAGAACAAUCAUCUUUAGAGAGCCAAUUGGCUUCCUUGAGAACACAGAUUUACAAUCUUAAUUUGGAAGUAGAAGAACAACUGGCCAAGGUUGAUACUCUAAAUAAAGACCAUGACCAAUUGCAAUCUGAGUUAGACUCAAUUCGUUUAAAGAGUAAGGAGUGUGAUUCACAAAUUAGCAGCAUUGUUAAGGAGCAGCAAAAACUUCAGCUUAAGCUUAGUGACAUAAAGCUUGAGAGGAAAAGGUUGGACAAUGAGGUAAAGCAAACGGAGAGGGUGCAGAAAGAUUGCUCCAUGAAAGUUGACAAAUUGAUUGAGAAGCACGCCUGGGUUGCUACUGAAAGACAAUUUUUUGGCAAAGGUGGAACGGAUUAUGAUUUUGCAUCCUGUGAUCCUCUUAAAACAAGGGAAGAACUUGACAAGCUUCAAGCCGAACAAUCAAGCCUUGGAAAAAGAGUGAACAAGAAAGUAGUGGCAAUGUUUGAGAAAGCAGAAGAUGAAUAUAAUAAUCUGAUGUCCAAGAAAAACACUGUAGAGAAUGACAAGUCUAAAAUUAAGAAGACGCUUGAAGAACUAGAUGAGAAGAAGAAAGAAACACUUAAGGUCACUUUGGUCAAAGUUAACAAAGACUUUGGGUCCAUCUUUUCUACCCUUUUGCCCGGAGCCAUGGCAAAGCUCGAACCCCCAGAAGGUUGCAGCUUCUUAGAUGGUCUUGAGGUCCGUGUUGCGUUUGGAGAUGUUUGGAAACAGUCCUUGUCUGAACUGAGUGGAGCAAGGUCUCUACUUGCACUUUCUUUAAUCUUGGCUCUGCUGCUGUUUAACUCCGCUCCAUUUUAUAUACUUGACGAGAUCGAUGGAAUUGAUCUAAGCCACACUCAGAAUAUAGGGAGAAUGAUUAAAGCUCACUUUCCACAAUCUCAGUUUAUCGUAGUUUCACUGAAAGAGGGCAUGUUUAACAACGCUAAUGUUCUUUUCCGGACAAAAUUCAUGAAUGGCGUUUCCACUGUCCAGAGGACUGUUGCUUCUAAGCCGAGCAGGUAAUUUCCAGUGCCACUUACAAUAGAAGAAAGAAAUGGUGAAACAACUUGGUAGAUGAAAGCUAAGGAUGAAAAUUUAUCUACAGUAAAUAGCAUCUAUGGAAUAAACUUAUGUUAUCUCCAAUACAAGACAAGAAAACUUAGAUUCAAAUAGCAUAAGGUAAAAAGGGGGAAGUUGGGCAAACAUCAAAAUCUAUAAUAAAUUACGAA